UAUUUUCCCGACGUUCACGACAUUCGUGUUGCAAAGCAAACGUCAACAAUUCGCUGCAAAUUGCAAAUAGGAAUUCAUUUUAUAUUUACAAGUGCUGCGUUCUUAAUAAUAUUUAGUGCCCCGUUUUUGUUUUAAUGUAAAAUGAAUAGAACUGAGGGUUUGGUACAACGUAAACACGUUGCAAAAGACAAUAAUUCAGAUGGUAAUUUGAAGGAAAACCACGACAUCGAUGAUAAGAAAAAUGAUAAAAGCUAUGAUGACGGAGAUUCAAAAGAAACAAGAUUGACAUUAAUGGAAGAAGUAUUACUUUUAGGAUUAAAGGAUAAAGAGGGUUACACAUCAUUUUGGAAUGACUGCAUAUCGAGCGGCUUGAGAGGAUGUAUUCUCAUCGAACUGGGCUUAAGAGGUCGAGUAGAGUUGGAAAGAGCUGGUAUGAGGAGAAAGGGACUGCUGUCUAGGAAAGUCAUUGUAAAAUCAGAUACACCUACAGGAGAUGUCCUAUUGGAUGAAGCUUUGAAACACAUGAAAGAAACUGAUCCACCAGAAUCUGUACAAAGCUGGAUAGAAUAUCUUAGUGGUGAAACAUGGAAUCCCAUGAAACUCAAAUAUCAAUUAAAAAACGUUCGUGAAAGGUUGGCUAAGAAUUUAGUAGAAAAAGGUGUCCUGACGACUGAAAAACAAAACUUUUUGCUCUUUGAUAUGACCACACAUCCCCUGACGGACAAUGUAGUGAAGUGCCGUUUAGUUAAAAAGGUGCAAGAAGCGGCGCUGCGGCGCUCGGUGACGGACGUGGCGCACGCCGACAAGCGGUCGCUGGCGCUGCUGAUGCUGGCGCACUCGGCCGACGUGCUGGAGAACGCGUUCGCGCCGCUCUCCGACGAGGACUACGAGCUGGCCACGCGCCGCGUGCGCACGCUGCUCGACCUGGACUUCGAGGCCGAGGCCAUGCGCCCCGAGGCCUGCGAGAUCAUGUGGGCCGUCUUCGCCGCCUUCACUAAAUAACAAUUAUUCAUAAACAAUAUUCACGCGUACCGAUUAUAUCGUUAUCGCUGACUACCAGGAAGUUCCGCAAUUUGAAGUUCGCAUCGAAAUUAUCAACACAAAGGCGACUUGAUAGUUCAAAUCCCGUAAUGUAAUUAUAUGCAAAGCGAUGUCAGAGUGGGAGAUGAUUACUUUUAUGAGAUUUCAAUCGCCGCCUGUUUUCAAAUCGAGAUGAUGAGUUAAAUAUCGUUAUUGAAAAAAGUGAGUUGUUAAAAGUGUCAUGGGGUUUUGUAUGUCAAAUACCUAAAAGCCAGUAUUACUUAAGUGUGAGCUGUUCAGAUUUGAGUCAAAAACAUCAAAUUCCUGACAAAGGAUAACCCAGCUUCCUGAUUUAAAAUAUUCCUUCCUAAUUUACAUUGGAGUUUUUGCACAAUUUUUCUUAAUUUUUGAUAUGUCAGAUUAUGUAUUAGAUUUUUGUAUGUACCUAUUUUGUAAAGUGUAACCCAGUUAAAUGUAAUAAUAUUAUUUUAAUGUACCUAAGUAGAUUUAUGUGCUGAUGGUAUGACUUGAAAUAUCAGACCGAGCUUUUCUCGGAAAACAUAUAAAAACUCAAACAUGCGCAUUUUCCCAGAGAUAAGAUCUAGCUAGAUCGAUUUUUCGACCCCGAAAACCCCCAUAUAGCAAAUUUCAUCGAAAUCGUUAGAGCCGGGUUUUCGAGAUCCCCGAAAUAUAUAAAUAUAUAUACAUAUAUACAAGAAUUUCUCGUUUAAAGGUAUAAGAUAAAACGAAUUCAAGUUUUUCUGAGCAUGUGACUGAUUCUGAUCUUUUGGUACAUUCAAAUGUUUAAAAUAAGUUAAAGAUUUUGUAUAUAUUUUUUUUAUAUAUGGAUCCAAGAGUGUCUGAAUUUGUAGUAUUUCUUUCUGUCUUCUUUAUUUACUAGAUACCUUGGUUUAUUUUAGAAAUAGGAGCGCUUGCCUUGCUGUAUUGAACUGUGUCUGUAAAUGUCAGAUUAAUUAAGUUGUUAGCUCUAAACACUGUUAGUAACAGAUAUGAAGAUAUGCCUUUAUCCACAUUAAAUUUAUUAGUUUUAAAAAUAGUUUAUUUCGCGCAUAGUACUUUGCAUGCGUUGUUUGUUUUGCAAUUCUACGCAGUGUCGAUAGAUUUAUUUUUAUGGAUAUUGCUUUUAAAUUAAGUAAUUUAAUGGGUGAUGUAUGUGUCACAAUAUAACAUUAUUGUGAUAUACCUAAAUUAACGGUGGCUCAUCUCAAAACACGAUCCUGAUAAGAGUUAUGACAAAAUAUGACAAGUAAUAUCUUGAAGGACAGACUAUCUAGCAUGAUUGCGUUUAUGUCGGAUAUAAUGCAUUAUUAAUGUCCCUGCAAGUCUGUAAGUCGGAGCUGUAUUAUCUAGAACAGGCAUAAACUCGAUCAUGCUACCUCUGCAGGUGCUCUAGGUGUAGGUUUAGGUAUGUAUCACUGUUCCGUAUGAUUUGUCGACUAAAACUUUUUGAGGCAGCAACACUACUUUACCUCAAUCCUUUUGUAAUAGAUACCAGGCUUACAAAAUGUUUAAAAAAACGCAGAACGCCUUUAUUGGAAUGACUCGUAUGUGUCAUGAAUCACAAGAGUCGAUACCUAGUUAUUAAGUAGCUUAAAUUUAAAUCGUGGUGUAAGACAAGUUUCCUUUUAUUUAUCAUUUGUUUCGAAACACGUUAUACGUUGGGACAUUGUUUUAAUAAAUUAUAUUUGUACAUAAAUAGUCUAUAAAAUAUAACAAAAUUAAGGAAAUAAAUCGAAAACAAAACUCACAAUUUAAGAAGUGUGUAAAAAAUAGUUAUAACAUGUAUUAUAAUUCAUACAUGUAAUAGUAUUAAAAUUAUUGAAAUAUAUUCCUUAGUACGUAUUAA